AUGAAGUUCUAUGAGACUGCUAGCCUUGGAUUUAUUCUUCUUUUUGUAAACAGUGAAAUAUUGGUGAGUGCAUGUGGAUGUGAAUCUGAUAGCGCUUCGAAGCCAACCGAUGGACCGGCUCCAGGAGCGAUAAGUGCUGCCAAUUACUUCAAGGAAAAGUUCGGUGGAAGAACUGAAAUCUACAACAAUCGGAAUGUUCGAGGCGGGAAAAGUCUCUCACUGCAUGCUGAGGGAAGAGCCGUCGAUUUGUAUGUCUCUGGAGAAACUGGUAAAAAGGCAUUUGAUCAUGCGGUCACAAUUGCAUGCAAUUCGGGGAUUCAAGAAGUGAUCUUCAACCGCCGAAUCUGGACUCAAUCGGGAAGUGAACGUCACUAUGGAGGGAAACAUCCACACGACGACCAUGUCCACAUCGGACUCAACAAAUGUGGAGCACAACACUUCACACAGGAA